AUGUCGCGGGCGGGCUUUGGCAUCGCUGAGCUCGGUGACAUUUGUAUCCACGUGUCCAGCUUCCUACAACUGGCCCAGAUCGCCCGCUCUGAGGAAGCAGGGAUCUUCAGUUGCAAAGAUGUUGCCAGACUUUCAUGGCACAAAGCCGCCCUGGCUCUGCUUGCAGAGGAACCUAUCUGGGGUCCCUCAGGAGAAAGCGUGAUCCAACAGUUGCUGGAAUCGGGAGUGCGGGGCAAGCCCUUCCUGCAGGAAAUGAGGUUGUUGCGGCGCGCGAUAUUUCCUCCAAAAUCUUGGUCUCCCGCCAUUCAUGAGACCGCAUUCAACAGCUUGAAGGCCGUGCUACCGCACUCGCAGACGGACGAAGGGGAGGGAGCUGGGGGACCACCCAUGGAGGCUGCUGUGCCCUUGACGGUGGGCACUCGGCUUGGGCGUCCUCUCGCAGUUGGGAUUGAGUUGCAGCCCGACUCCGAUGAAGGCUUGACAUCCGCCGACAUGCAGUGCGGCUUUUGCAUCGGGGUAGAGCUUUGCUCAUCCCUAGCAGAUGGCCGCACCAUGUCCGUGAUGUUUGCCCCGUUCUCUGGACAGUGCUACAUGCAGUAUGGCGGCGAAAGAUGUGUGAUGUGUGCCGAAGUCAUUCCACCGCUACAGCAAACUAUCACGAAGCUUCGUGCGUGGGCACAAGUUGCGCAGGAUGGCAGCAUCUUCUUUGCUCGACAAAUUCCGGGCUCAGAAGUCAUAGAAGAGACAGGUCACCUUCCCAGAGAAUGCUUACCGGCAUGGACAGCAGAGAUCUUCGCAGGCAUGUAUUUCUGGAGAGACCAUAUCUCGAAGGCAUUUUCAGCAACUGUAGUUCAUUGUGCCCAGAUGCUGCCGGACGAACUGUCGGAGCUAGAGGGCUGCUCCAAAGAGAUCGAAACUACCUGGCACUUGCAGAGCUGA